AUGCCACGACCCGCCCGGCUUGCUCAACGCUGGCGCGUCGACCCUUAUAGUACGAUAAACUUAAUCCCUGACGACGAAGAAGAAAUCGACGACGACCUCAAGGACGACGACCUCAGAGACGACGCCAAUAUGGAGCUCGUCAAGCACCCAAGCUACCGUGAGGACUGCCUUUGGCCCAACCAUAUCAUCUUCCGGCAUCCGCACAAACAGCUUCCCGAUGCCGUAGCUGCCCAUGUCGAGCACAUCGCCUCCAUACUGCCCGAGAUGCCUGAGCUCUCCUCGGAGAUUGUGGUCGAGGCUCUCUACGACCUGGAAACGCUGGGUGCCGGAUGUGCCGAGCGUGAUAUCCGCAGCCACUUCCAAACCCAUGUCUUUCCCACCUUUUUCAGACACUCAAAUGGACAUUUAUUAUCAUCGACCAGCGCGUAUAUGGCUCGCCACCUCCUACCCAACCUCCUGGAGCUGGAAGUCAUACAGCCAUACCCUGACGUGCUCUAUGGUUAUUCCACCACACCCACUUUCACCUUCGCACAGCGGUUGACAUAA